AUGAGUUCCUCUAAGAGCAAAGAUGUCGAAAAGGCAGUUCGCGCCAGCCUUAUGCCCCUCCAUGACCACGAUUCAAGUCAAGUUGCAUCAACGGCCCCUGUUGUCGAGGUCCAUGCGUACCACCGACAACUCUUCACUUGGCUUGCAGAAGAGCUGCAGUCGAUCACCAAUUCAGUGAUGACCUUGAAACCAUUAAUGUUCCACUCGGAAUUCGCACCAAAAUCAAGGGAUCUCCUCGACGACACCAAAGAAGCUCUAGGGCAAGAGAAAGCCCAAGUCCAAAAGAGCUUGCUCGACAUUGCUGCUCAGAGGUCUGGAGUCAAAUACGCUGACCUUGUAUCCAAGCUAGAACAUCUCAAGUCGAUAUUGUCAUCUCUGAAUGACAAGUUCGGAGAGCUGCGAGAUUUAGAUCCGGGGCGUAUGCCAAACAGAAAUAAACUCGUCGUGCUAGCAAGGAUUCAGCGUUCAUCUGUUCGCAGAGCGCAGCUGCUGGCUACUGUCGAGAUGGUGCAGUCGCGGUUUCAAGCGGUGGACAAGAGUCUAGAAGCCUUGCUGCCCUCCAUGAUGAUCACUGCGGCCCUUGAGCAGGAACACUCAGUGGAAGUGCAGAAGUUGCGAGAAGAAUUGCAAAUACUAGCCGUUACUGAGGCUCCUGCCAACACGCGGUCAUACAAACUCGAUGCUAAGUCUCACCCGACUAGCCCUCGAUGGGCCAGGAGCGAGGGUGUUGCGCGCCAGAUCAAACAGAUACUGCCCAGUAUCGACCACCGGUUCAAUACGUUUCGAGAUUUGAUGCCGAACGGCACUAAUCUGGCACGCCACCAGCAUUACCAACGAAUCCGAUCUAACGGUACUUGUGACUGGUUAAUUUCCAGCAAAGAGUUUUGGGAGGAAUGGCUACAUGCGAAGCACGGCACAUCCGAGACAUUGUUCUGCUGGGGAGAGCCAGGGACUGGCAAAAGCAUUCUAGCUUCCCGGGCUAUUGAUGUGCUUUUCGGCAUCAGACGCGUCUGUGCUUAUUACUAUAUUGGCAACUGUGUAGCACUUUCUGCAGAGCGGCUUGCCCUGAGUCUUCUCUGCCAGCUCUGCGACCUGGGACCCGACUUCUCGGCUGUCGAUACUCACAUCUCCUCUCAGGAUCCCAGGCGUCGCCGUUCCGAUCCUAAAAGCGAUGAUAUUGACAGUGUGGAGGUUCUACCUCCAGUUUGCGACUCAACACUUGUCGAAGAGGCUGACGGUGUCGGUGGACCCUGUUUACUAGCCGCAGACCUCGCAGCAGGUCAUGGAACUGGGGAUGCAAAGGAAGCAGCUGACGUAAAACAGACAGAAUCACCCAAGGAAGGGAAAGCGGCCACCGCAACCAAGCAUGAAAACUUCACCAAUAUCUGGAGCCUCAAAACGUCUGCCCGAGCGACGGCGCGGCCUCCUCUGCAGAUCCUUCUAGAUGCGCUCGGCAAAGUCAUUUCGAGUAUCGGAGGAGAAGAAUCCGUAUUUAUCGUUCUCGAUGCGUGGGAUGAAAACAACAUGGAAUGCGUUGGCGAUUUCUAUGCAAUUCUGGGCAAACUUUACUCGCUCAACUGUAAAUUGUUCCUAACAAGCCGAGAAGAGCCAGACUCCCGGACCCCAUUUGGACACAUACCGGUUCAUAUUGACGAGUCGAGGAACUGCAACGAUGUUGAGUCGGUUGUUCGAGAACAGUUGGACAGUCUCAAUCUCUUCGAAGCGGUUCCUGGACCUCAAGCGGUCGAGAACCUACCAGGAAUUGUCGCCCAGACAUCUCGAGGAGUGUUUACGGCCGCAAUUUUGCGCACAAAUCACUUGCGAAGCAUGACUGUCGACAUAAGUCGACGCCCACCCUUGGCGGCCUUUCAACCAUUGUUUUCGCCAAUUCGCUCUCUGAUCAAACGGAUUCAAGGCAAAGGAAAACUAUAUGUGCUGGACGACAUCAUCAAAGACUAUCUCACAGAGCUACAAAAAAGCAAGCCAUCCAUCGCACUCCCUCUACAGCUCACCUUAGUAUGGGUUGGAUUCGCGGAACCUCCUCUUGCCGUAAGAGACCUCAAUGUUGCAAUUCCCAAAAUUUCCAAUCGUAUUCGAAAUUUUAGCAUUCCGCUAUCGCAGCGGAUGGAAACAAUCACGAACGACUCAGACAUGGAUGUUAUCUCCAGUUGGCUCGCUGGGCUCAUCGUCAUCGAUCCUGGAACCUCGCUGAUGCGUUUGCUCUCCGACCCGGUUAAGACAGCAAUAGCGUCGUUCUUGUCGACAAGCAUUCGUCUGCCUGUACGAUUAGAUAUCAUGCUCGGAGAGAUCUGCAUAUAUUGCAUUCGGUACUUGCUCCAAAUCGAGACCGGGAAUGUGGACCUCCGAUCCGAAAUCCGAACAGUCGAGUUACUACGGACGGAACCGUUUCUUGCUCAUGCGGCCCUCUCCUGGGGAACCUUUUACAGGAGGUUCUACGAACUGACGACCGCUCCGUCUUUAGGGCCAGAGAAGGACGUGUCCCAGUAUGCCGGAAGGGAAGGGAAGGCGAAGGAGCGGGCGAUUGCCGCCAAUGAUCCUAACGAUACUGAAUCGAUCGAAGCCGCAGAAACCAAUACCGAAGCCAACGAACGAGGUGAGGAAGCAGCUACAGCGGCGGCGACAAAAGAGAAUGAUUCUACCCUGGCGGAACCCAGCACGCAGAUGCAAGAAAAGGCGGUGGUCUUCAACCCACCUCCACCCGACGUAUCCUCGCACGCUUUGGAGAUGUUCGAGAAUAGAGAAAAAAUUACAUUGGCCGUAAUUAUGGCAAUGUAUCUAAGCAACGAUCCUACGACGUUGCCACUAAGCUGGGAGGAGCUAUAUUCGUGGGUGAAUUCGAUGUCCGAUCUGCACAUUGCUUCGCGACUAGGUUUGACCCUUCCGGUCAAGAAUAUCCUCAAAGCAGAUAGGCUGCAGCUGUCCGUACAGGACGAGCAGGGUAGAACGCCUCUUCAUGAAGCCGCGAGUGGUGGGUUUCAAGACGUGGCCCGGAUUCUUGUUGAGGCUGGAGCGCAGCUGGUCUUGAAAGACAAAACUGAGAAGACACCUUUGGACCUUGCCAUGGCAGGGAAACACUACGCAGUAUUCGCCCUGCUCUUCGAAAAGCUGGUCGAGUCUCAAAAAAAAGAUAUCACCUCGGAAAUCGAUGGGGCCAGCGAUCUGAUCGACGAUUACUGCCUCUGUAUCUGUGGUGAUCAGAAACCACGCCAACGCAUGCUUGACCUAACCCUGAUUCACGCCAUUGACAAGCACAAUAUCGACAUUGCUGAGCUUCUCUUGGACCACGGCGCGAAUCCGAAUUGCUGGGACGACAGUCAAACCCCAGUGAUGCACCAUGCCAUUUUUGGCUACAACCGUGGGGAGGGAGUGAAGGCGGAGCGUGACCCAUACCGCCAGGCCGACUAUAGUGAGGUUGACUUGCUUCUCAUGUACGGAGCAGACCCGUCACUCAAGUCCCUGGACAAACAAGGACAAUCAGCGCUACAUGUCGCUGUUCGCUGUGGAAAUUCGGCGGUCGUGAGGAAGCUGCUGAGGCACGGUGCCGAUCUCAGCAUCCAGGACUCCCAAGGACUGUCGGCGCUGUCUGCCAUGUUUGAUGGGCCGCCGCUCAGAAUCCGCGAGGUCGAGUACAUGAUAAUCUUGAAGAGUCUUUUGCUUCGUGGAGCCGAUUUGGACCAAGAGGACCACGAAGGCCGUCGCGCGCUGCACUUGGCAGCUCUAAACGGGCACAUCAAAGCCCUGAUCUUGCUCAUUGAGAUGGGUGCCAGUCGCGAUCCGAAAGACAAACACGGACAGACUCCACUGGAGUCCGCCGAGAAGGGGGGAAAUGAAGAAGCCGUGAAGAUUCUCAAGCAUUUCACAUCCUACAGAUAG